AAUGGGUAAUGCUUGCCGUUGUUAAUAAUUUACUCCUGAAAAUAUGGAGCUGAUGUCAGGGAGAAGUGAGAACGUAAAUAAAAAAGGAGAAACAAUAACAAUACCUUAAUAAAAUGGUACAACAGUAUCAAAAAAAACAACUCAUAAGCAAAAUGAAGAAGAUGGAGAGGAAGAUUAGUAAGUUUAAGAAGUAUAAUAAAUAGAAGUAAAUCAUAAUUAUUAAUAUUAGUUAAAACGUGGUGAUAAAAAGAAAUAGGCUAAAAUUAAUGCAGUUUCAGACACUGUGGAGAUUUUUGAAAAUAUUAAGAAAGUUGAAAAAAGAAAAUCUCCUUUUGAUUACUAAUUAAUGUUAAAUGCUUUCAAUGAGCAUUUUAUUUUUAAAUCUGUACCAUAAAGUGACAUAGAAUAUGUUGUUGAUUAAAUGUUCUACUGUACAGUUCCUGAUGGGCAAUUUGUUUUUAAGUAGGGAGAUAAGGCUAGUUCAUAUUUCUUAAUUGAAAGGGGUUAAUGUUAGAUUAUAAUAAAUGGGGAACUUAAAAAAACUCUAAAAAGUGGAGAUGCUUUUGGUGAAUUAGCAAUGCUUUAUAAUGCACCUAGAAGUGCAAGUGUUAAAGCUAUUGGAGGUAUAAUUAAUAUUAUGAAUUAGAUUGUGCAUUUUGGGCUAUAGAUAGAAAUACUUUUAGAAAGGUUGUAGAAUAAUAAAACCAGAGAAGUUAUGAAGAAAAUCGGGAAUUUAUGAAGAAAGUUGAAUUUUUUUGUAAUUUAAAUCAAAUUAUAUUAUAGCUUUUUUAACUGAAGAAUAAGGAGACGCCAUUUCUAGUGUUUUAAUUACAUUGGUUUUUAAAAAAGGAGAAAUUAUAGUUUCUGAAGGGGAUAUUGCAAAUUCAUUUUAUAUUAUCAAAAAAGGGAAAGUGGCAAUCAUAAAGGGAGAUAAAGAAGUAUCUUAAAUGAAUGCAGGAGAAUCCUUUGGUGAAGCUGCUUUAUAUUAAAGUUGUUAAAGAGCAGCUACAGUUAAAGCGGCUGAAGAAGAAGUUAGAUGUUUAUCUUUGUCUAAAGAUGAUAUAUAGAGAAUAUUAGGUUAAAAAAUAUAAACUGUUAAGUAUAUCAAUACUUAAAAAUGGGCUUUGUAAUAGAGUUCAUUGUUAGGCAAAUUGACUUCAAUUUAGAUUGAGAAGAUCUUACAAAAUAUUAGAUAGGUUCAUUAUGAAAAAAAUGAAAUCAUAAUAAAAGCAGGAUAGCCUUGUACAAAGGUUUACAUAAUAUUAGAGGGAGAAAUAGCUACAGUAACACUUUAUUUCGUAAUUCUAAGGUCUAUAGAUUCCCUCAAAAAAAUUAAUAUUGGGCAAGGGCAAAAUAUUUGGAGAAUAGUUUUUAAAAUCGUAGAGUUCUGAUAAUAAACUUGUUGAGACAAUUUAAGUAUAGACAGAUGAAGCCAUAAUUGCAGAGUUUGAAAUUAAAAUGUUUUUUGAAAUGAUUGGAGGUAGUGUAGAGUAAAUGAUUCAAAAAAAUGAAAACUCUCAUGAAUAAAAAUAUUUAAAUAGAACUAGUGUUCAUUAAAAGAAGGAUUAUUCAAAUUUGAAAUUAGAUAAUUUAAUUUGUAUUAAAAAGUUAGGUUAAGGAUAAUUUGGUAAUGUUUAUUUGGUGAGAACAGCUUAAGAUGAAAAACUAUAUGCAUUAAAAUGUAUUAGUAAAGCCUAGAUUGUUGAACAACAUUUAGAGAGACAUUUGGCUGUAAUAAUGAAAUGUUAUUUAAAAUUAGUAAGAAAAAUAAGUUCUAACAACCAUUAACUUCCCUUUCUUGAUGUAAUUCUAUAAAAGCAUGAAAGAUCAGAAUUAUAUAUACUUCUUGGUUGAAUUUAUAAAAGGAAUGGAAUUAUUUGAUGCAAUUAGAGAAAUAGGGUUGCUCACUACAAGUGAUUCACAAUUUUAUAUCGGUUCCCUUUUAAUUUGUGUUGAAUAUUUACAUAAAUUACAAAUUAUUUACAGAGAUAUCAAGCCAGAAAAUAUUAUGGUUGAUGAGAAAGUAUAACUAAACUAAAUUAUAAGGGUUACCUAAGAAUGAUAGAUAUGGGCACAGCAAAAUUCUUGAAUUAGAAAUCAAUAAGAACAUAUACCAUUAUUGGUACUCCUCAUUAUAUGGCUCCUGAAAUCCUUACAGGGAAGGGAUAUACUUUUAGUGUAGAUCUUUGGUCAAUUGGAGUGUGCUUAUAUGAAUUUAUGUGUGGCGGAGUACCAUAUGCUGAAGAUGCUGAUGAUCCUUAUGAAAUUUAUGAAGAAAUUCAAAAAAAAUCAUUAAACUUCCCUCCUUUUAUGAAAGAUAAAAAAGCAAAAAAAUUUAUUGAGUAGUUAUUAUCCAAAACACCAGAAGUACGUUUGGGAGGAGGUUAUGCCUCUCUUAAGGCGAAUACUUGGUUUGAUAAGUUUGAUUGGGUAUCUUUUUAUUUAUUUUUAUUAGGAUAAAUUAAUGGAUAAAGAAUUGAAAUCACCUUUUCUUCCCAAAAAAUCCAGAAUGAUCUAAGAGAAGGAUAUAUAAUCUGCUAUUAUUCAUGGUAAAUUAGCAUCAAAAGAAAUUAACCAGAUUGGCGUACCUUAUAAAAAGGAAAAAGCAAGAGAUCCAAACUGGGAUUCAAAUUAUUGAUAUUAUCAAUGAAAUAUACUCAUAAACUAUAGAAAUUAAGUUGAUUCUAAACUUUUUAUAAAAAUGGGAAUUCAAUGUUCUAAACGCAAAGCCAAACCAUCCGAGUAUUUUGAAAUUCGCUCUUCAUAAACUUAAGUAUCAC